AUGGUAUUUAAAGAAACUUUUAAAGUUGUUCGUUCUAGACAAUUGUGUGAGUUGUGUUUUUUGAAUCGUCCAUCUCUUAAACGUCCUAAAACUUCUCAAAAACUAUGUAAAGAUUGUUUUUAUUAUGUUUUUGAAACAGAAGUUCAUAACACUAUUAUGUCUAAUUCUUUGUUUUCUAGAGGAGAUAGAAUUGGAAUUUGUGCUUCGGGUGGUAAAGAUAGUACUGUGCUUGCUUAUAUUAUGAAAAUUUUAAAUGAUAAAUAUGAUUAUGGAUUGGAUUUAUAUAUGAUAUCUAUAGAUGAAGGUAUUCGUGGGUAUCGUGAUAGUGCUUUAGAGACUGUUAAGCGUAUUCAAAUUCAAUAUUCAAUACCUUUAAAAAUUGUAAGUUAUGAUGAAAUAUAUGGGUGGAAUAUGGAUAGUAUUGUUGAGCAUAUUGGUAGAAAAAAUAAUUGUACAUUUUGUGGUGUGUUUCGAAGACAAGCUCUUGAUAGGGGGGCUACAAUGCUGAAUAUUGAUCAUAUAGUUACAGGGCAUAAUGCGGAUGAUAUUGCUGAAACAAUUAUUAUGAAUUUAUUACGAGGAGAUAUUGCACGUCUUGGGCGUUGUACAGAGAUAUUAACAACAGGAGAAUCUAGAGUAAAAAGAUCUAAACCAUUCAAAUAUACAUAUGAAAAAGAAAUUGUAAUGUAUGCUCAUUUUAAAAAGCUUGAUUAUUUCUCUACUGAGUGUAUUUAUUCUGUUGAAGCUUUUAGAGGUACUGCUCGCGUUUUGAUAAAAGAAUUGGAAUCUUUAAGGCCUUCCUCAAUUAUUGAUAUUAUUCAUUCUGGUGAGGUGUUUUUGCUUUCCGAUGCCGCAAAAAAAAAGCUUCCAGUUCAAGGGAAUUGUAAAAAAUGCGGACAUAUGUCUAGUAAUGAUUAUUGUAAAGCAUGUAUGCUCUUGCAAGGGUUAAAUAGUGAAGCUAGUAAACUUAGUACUAAAGAAAUAAAGAAAUCAAUGAUUAAGUAA